GGGGCCGCCACCAUGGAGACCCCGGGGUAGGGCGGGCGCGCCCGGCGGGGCCGCGGGGCCGCUCCGCGCGGUGCCCAUGGCUGAUACAGCUCCACACGGAGGGGUCUCAUGGGUCCGUUCCUGCCCUUGGAGCCCAUUUGCAGCCUAAGCAUCUCCUCUCCCUUUGAUAAUGAAUGGAAUGGGGAAGGAAUCUGUUCCUGUUUGUCUGCCCUAGGAAUAUUGGGCAAAAUGCCAGCCCCUGAGCAGAGCCCAAUGGUGGAGGAGGGGCUGCCGCAGACAGCACAGGAGGCUUCCACAGGCCCAGGCAUGGAACCAGAGACUACUGCCACGACCAUUCUAGCUUCUGUAAAGGAACAGGAGCUUCAAUUUCAAAGACUUACCAGAGAACUGGAAGUGGAAAGGCAAAUUGUGGCUAAUCAGCUAGAGAGAUGUAGGCUUGGAGCAGAGUCACCAAGUAUCGCCAGCACAAGCUCUACUGAGAAGUCAUUUCCUUGGAGAUCCUCAGAUCCUCCGCCCACCAGUGUAAGCAAGCCCCAGGUGUCAGAGGGUGUUCACACCAAUGCCUAUGAUAUUAGGACAGAAGCAGAGCAAGGGACUCUCUACUCACCAGAGCAGACAUCUCUCCAUGAAAGUGAGGGGUCUGUAGGUAACUCAAGAAGUUCGACACAAAUGAAUUCUUAUUCUGACAGUGGUUACCAGGAAAUAAGCAGUUUCCAUAACAGCCAAAACUUGAGCAAGGCAGAGCUCAGACAGCAGCACUCCCUUGGUGGAGCCCUCAACAGCCACGAUGCGGUGAGGAGCUCGCGCGCCGAGGGGCAGGCGUCAGCGCAGCCUUCAGGCACUGCCGCUGCCAACCGUGUGAUGCGACGGGUCAGCUCGGUGCCGUCCAGAGCGCAGUCUCCCUCCUACAUGGUGGGCACCAGCAUGUCCCCGUCGCGGGGGUCGCUGCGGACGUCUCUGGGCAGCGGCUACGGCUCUCCCGGCGUGGCCGAGCAGCGGCCCCUGCCCUCGCACGCCUACUCGUCCACCACGCUGCCCGUGCAGCGCGCGGGCUCCCCGUACGGCGCGCACCGGCCGGCCUCGCCCUCGGCCGUGCGCCGCGCCGGCUCGCUCACCUCGCGGCAGCCCAACCCCGGCGGCGGCGCUGCCCCGUACCCCGCCGCGGGCAGGCUCGGCUCUCCUCUCGCCCUCGCCGACGCGCAGGCCAGAGUGGGCUCUCCGUCCCAGGCCCAGCUGGGAUCCUCUUCCCCGAAGCGCUCUGGCAUGACGGCCGUUCCACAGCACUUGGGGAGCACGCUGCAGAGGACGAUUCAUGACAUGGACCCGUAUGGGCAGCAGUACGACAUCUAUGAGAGGAUGGUUCCCCCGCGGCCAGAUAGCCUCACAGGGCUGAGGAGUUCGUACGCGAGCCAGCACAGCCAGCUGGGGCAGGAGCUGCGCUCGGCGGUGUCCCCGGACAUGCACAUCACGCCCAUCUACGAGGGCAGGACGUUCUACAGCCCCGUGUACCGCAGCCCCAGCCACGGCGCCGUCGAGCUGCACCACGGCUCCCAGGCCGCCCUGUUCCGCGCCGGCUCCGGCAUGGGUAACCUGCAGCGAUCCUCCAGCCAGCGCAGCACCCUCACGUACCAAAGAAACACCUUCGGGCUGCCGCCGGCGGCCGCGCUGGCCGAGCCGCUGCGGGCGGUGCCGUUCCGGCUGCCCGAGCCCGCCUACGGCCGCCUGCCCCCCGCGCCCGACGGCGGCACCACGCGCUCGCCCUCCAUCGACAGCAUCCACAAGGACCCCAGGCAAUUUGCGUGGCGAGAUCCGGAGCUGCCCGAGGUCAUCCACAUGCUGCAGCACCAGUUCCCCUCGGUGCAGGCCAACGCCGCUGCCUAUCUGCAGCACCUCUGCUUUGGGGAUAACAAGGUGAAAACAGAGGUCUGUAGGCUAGGAGGUAUCAAGCACCUGGUGGAUCUCCUGGAUCACAGAGUCCUGGAGGUUCAGAAGAAUGCCUGUGGUGCGCUGAGGAACCUCGUUUAUGGAAAGUCCACUGAUGAGAACAAAAUAGCCAUGAAGAAUGUGGGAGGGAUACCUGCCCUUCUGCGGCUGCUGAGGAAGUCAGUCGAUGCCGAGGUCAAAGAGCUGGUGACAGGGGUUCUCUGGAACUUGUCUUCAUGUGAUGCCGUGAAGAUGACAAUCAUUAGAGAUGCCCUGUCCACGCUGACAAACACUGUGAUAGUGCCCCACUCGGGAUGGAACAGCUCCUCCUUUGAUGAUGAUCAUAAAAUUAAAUUUCAGACUUCCCUCGUUCUGCGCAAUACAACAGGAUGCCUGAGAAACCUGAGCUCCGCUGGGGAAGAGGCACGAAAGCAGAUGAGGUCCUGCGAAGGACUGGUCGAUUCGCUGCUCCACGUGAUCCACACCUGUGUGAACACCUCAGAUUAUGAUAGCAAGACAGUGGAGAAUUGUGUGUGCACCUUGAGGAACCUUUCCUACCGCUUGGAACUGGAGGUACCUCAGGCACGGCUGCUGGGAAUCAAUGAGCUGGAUGACUUGUUGGGAAAAGAGUCACCCAGCAAAGACUCCGAGCCAAGCUGCUGGGGGAAGAAAAAGAAGAAGAAAAAAAAAACUUCCCAGGAGGAUCAGUGGGAUGGAGUUGGCCCUAUCCCAGGAUUUUCCAAGUCUCCUAAAGGGGUGGAGAUGCUCUGGCACCCAUCGGUGGUGAAGCCAUACCUGACACUGCUGGCAGAGAGCUCCAACCCAGCCACUCUGGAGGGCUCUGCAGGAUCACUCCAGAACCUUUCUGCAGGCAAUUGGAAGUUCGCAGCCUACAUCCGCGCUGCCGUGAGGAAGGAGAAGGGGCUGCCCAUCCUCGUGGAGCUGCUGAGGAUGGACAACGACAGAGUGGUGUCAUCUGUGGCCACUGCCUUAAGGAACAUGGCCUUAGACGUGCGGAACAAGGAGCUUAUUGGCAAAUACGCGAUGCGAGACCUGGUCAAUCGGCUGCCAGGAGGCAACGGGCCCAGCAUCCUGUCGGACGAGACGGUGGCCGCCAUCUGCUGCGCCCUGCACGAGGUCACCAGCAAGAACAUGGAGAAUGCCAAGGCCCUCGCCGACACCGGUGGCAUAGAGAAGCUGGUCAACAUAACAAAGGGAAGAGGUGACAGGUCCUCACUGAAGGUUGUCAAGGCGGCGGCCCAGGUACUGAACACGCUGUGGCAGUACCGAGACCUCCGGAGCAUUUACAAAAAGGAUGGAUGGAAUCAAAGUCACUUUAUUACACCUGUAUCAACACUGGAACGAGAGAGGUUCAAAUCCCAUCCUUCUCUAUCCACAGCCAAUCAGCAGAUGUCACCUGUCAUGCAGUCAGUUGGCAGCACGUCCUCGUCCCCGGCUUUGUUGGGAAUCCGAGAGCCUCGCUCCGAGUACGACAGGACGCACCCUUCUAUGCAGUAUUACAGUAGCCAGGGCGAUGUCAUUGCACAUAAAGACAUCUACACUGGUUCUAGCAAAGCUUCACCAAUUUACAUCAGUUCCUAUUCCUCACCAGCGAGAGAGCAGAACCGGCGGCUGCAGCAGCAUCAGCAAUUGUACUACAGCCAAGAAGAUACCACCAGGAAAAACUACGAUGCCUAUCGGUUGUACCUGCAGUCCCCACACAGCUACGAGGACCCUUACUUUGACGAUCGAGUUCACUUUCCUGCUACUUCAGAUUACACAACACAGUAUGGACUGAAAUCAACCACCAAUUAUGUAGACUUUUAUUCCACCAGACGAUCCUCUUACCGAGCAGAACAGUACCCGGGCUCUCCUGACUCCUGGGUGUAGCACAGAGAGAAAAACCCAGCGUGCUUCUUGUCUGGCUUGAGAAGGACUGGAAUGGCCCCGUGUUGUUUUGGUUAAGAAAUAUGAAAGUGAAAGAAAAGCAGGAAAAAGGAUGAUUGGUGUUUUGGUUUUUUUGUUUUUUUUUUUGGGGGGGGGUGGCUUGGUUUUGGUUUUGGGGUUGUUUUUUGUUUGUUUUUGUUUUUUUGGGGUUUUUUUUGAGUGAGGAAUUGUCAGGAGAAAAAGCUGGCAGGGAUGGUUUUGCUCUGCUUAAGUGUUAGGUAUCAUUACUUGUAGCUCCUGUAGUCUGGUGAGGGUGUGGGCGAUGUGAUGAAGGGUUUGAGAAUUGAGUAUGAUGAAUUUGGAAAGUGUAGGUCAGAGCAAAUUAAAGCCGAUUUUUUUAAUGUGAAUAAAAGUCUUGUUCUGAUAGUUUGUACAGAAAAAAAUCCAAUGGCUGCCCUUGUUUUAUUGCUAUUACUGAAUGUCAGGAUUGUAUGCUACUGCGUCAUGUAAAUUUCUUUGUUGGUGUAAAUAUGGAAAUGCCACAUUGGUCUCAAGUGCCAUCCAUUUGUAAUGCAGUGUGUCAUUGGAAAAGGAAUUUGAAAUAUCAUGCACAAAAAAAAAAAAGACAAAACCCAAAACCAAGAAUUGAAACCAAUUCAAUUCUUGUGAAUUCUAAAAGAAAAGAGCCCAAAUUUUAAAAAAUGAAUAGUGUAAUUUUGAAGCACAAAGUCUAGUCCAGUAUAUCCAUAUCUCUCCCAUUCCCUGCCUAUUUCAUAAGGAACUUCACUGCCAUUUUCUAUGCACAUGGAAUAACAAUAAAUAUGGAAGUCUCAUCCAUGGAAA